GGAUGGGGACGCGCGCGUCUGCUCCCGGAUCCCGCGCGCUCUGAGGUUUGGCAACAAAAAGCCUGGAAACGCGCCGUCCGCCACCUCGGGACUAUUUCAUGGCAAUAACCGAGUCAGAGCCUGUGAUCCUCAGGGAACAGACAUGGUGGCCAAACUUCUGCUGCCCAUCGCUUUAGCAGCAAGCUUCAUGUCAAAUGGAGUGUCCGGGGCCACAGCUACCACAAAAAAAGCGGUGAAGAACAACUCGGGUGUGACACCCGCGGGGCUGUGCGGGACCUGGAUAAAGGAGGCCGAUGGAGGGUAUUUCACCUCACCCAAUUACCCCGAGAAAUACCCACCGGAGAGGGAAUGCAUCUACAUUAUAGAAGCCUCACCACGACAGUGCAUCGACCUGUAUUUCAACGAGAACUACGCCCUCGAGCCGUCCUGGGAGUGUAGGUUUGACCACAUCGAGGUCCGCGACGGUCCCUUUGGUUUCUCCCCCAUCAUCGGCCGCUACUGUGGGCAGGAGCUCCCCUCCUACAUCCGCUCCACCGGACGCUACCUGUACAUCAAGUUUGUGGCUGACGGGGAGCUGGAGGCCAUCGGUUUCUCUGCCCGGUAUAACUUCACACAAGAUCCUGAGUUUACAGAACUUGGAGAGCUGCCAGCUCUGCCAUUUUGUGACUUUGAGCUGACCGGUCCAGAGGGUUAUGUGGAAUCGGCGCAGAUAGCCCGAGAAGGACGGGCGCAGCUAACCGAUGCAGUGGACUGCAGGUGGUACAUCAGGGCGCCACCCAGAGCUAAGAUCUACAUGCGUUUCCUGGAAUAUGAAAUGCACAAUUCAAACGAGUGCAAGCGCAACUUUGUGGGCAUCUAUGAUGGCAGCAGCUCGGUGGAGCACCUGAAGAAUAAGUUCUGUUCCACGGUGGCCAUCGACGUGAUGCUGGUGACCUCUCUGGGCGUGGUCAGGCUGUGGGCGGACGAGGGAAGCCGGAAAAGCAGAUUCAAGAUCCUGUUCACAACUUUCCAUGAACCUCCGUGCGAACGAGACACGUUUUUUUGCCACAGCAACAUGUGCAUCAACAACAGCCUGGUCUGCAACGGGAUCCAGAACUGUGUUUACCCAUGGGACGAGAAUCGCUGCAAAGAGAAGAGAAAGGCCAGUAUCCUGGACACGCUGGACCACACAAACCUCACCAUCAUUGGAGUAACCUGCGGCCUGGUUGUCGUCCUGCUCGUCAUUUCUAUAAUCAUUCAGAUCAAACAGCCACGCAAGAAAUACAUUGUUCGCAGAGAUGAGUUUGACCCUGCGGACCUCCAUCCCGGCUUCGAUCCGCCUCACUAUGAGCUCUGCACGCUUCGCCGGGCUCCCUCCGGGGAGCUGACUGAAGCCGCCCUGGCCGAGGACUUUCACAAACUCAGACGCUCCGAAAGCAAGUGCAUCCGGGACCACCACUGCGGCUCCCAUCAGGGAAGCGUGCACGGCAGCAUGCACGGCAGCAUCCACGGGAGCCGCAGCAACCUCAGCAUGAGGGACGCCACCAUCGCGCCGGACGGGGGGGCUCUGGUUUCCCCGGCGAUGGUGGGUCAGAUGUCUCCACACCUGUCCCACCACAACACGCCGGCAGGCCGACGCAGCAUCCUGGUGAUGAAGCACAGCUACUCCCAGGAUGGGGCCGAAGGCUACAGGCCAGAGGACGAGGAGGACGACUUGAUGAUGGAUGUCGGUCCGAGUAACAACAUGCACCACAUGCACCACCAUCAGAUCCCCCAUGGUCCGUCAGGGCUGGGCCACACUGUCCAUCGUACACUAUCUAAUGACUUUUAA